AAAUAUAUGUUUCUAGAAAUAUAUACAACACGGAUGUUUGUUCAAUUGAUUUGUUCAAUCGUCAAGUUUCGUGAUUGUGGAAUAAAUGGUGAAAAUGCAUCAGUAUGAAAUUCUGGGCUUGUAUAAGAGUUUGCUAAGGUAUAGUCAAAAUUUAAAGUACACAGAUCCCAAAUACUUUGUGCACAGGGUCAGAAGAGCUUUUUUAAAUAACAGGAAUUUAACACAUGAAAAGGACAUUAAUUUUCAAUAUGAGAAGGGGCUGGCACUACUGAGACGCAAAAGGGUCGUUUAAAAAAAUGUUUCUUAAAUAUUAUCGACAGUUUGUUUUCCAACAGUUAAGCCCGACAUUCAACCGUCAGUUAUCUGUGACUC